GACCGGGUGCCUAAUACAGAGCAGAGCCGGCAGGAGGUACAGCACCCCCGCGGACCAUUCGGGGAGCGCAGGUACGAGGACGGAGGGAGCGGGCUGGCAUCCCCAUAGGCAGUACGCCCAGCCCAAAGACCAUUACUGAUGGACGGCGUGUUGAGGCAAGGGGGUGACAAGCCAGGGGUGACGUGGAGAACCCCAAGAGGAAGAGCCUAAGGUGGCGAGUGGACGGGGUGUAGGGGAGGACGGAGCCCCAAGGUGACCCGCCGAGGGAUGCGCCGACUCCGGUGGGUACCCCAAGGGUGGGCCCCCCCACUGAAGAUAUCAUCAAAGUCGUGGCAGGCGAGUUCAGGGGCCCCCCUGAUACCAGCCGGGGUAACCUCCGGGGUGUCUUUCCAGAGUCAGGGCGCACGAAGCCCGGGGCUCGGGCAAAGGCGGCGCGCGAACACCUGGUAGAGUGGAGGCGGGUACAACUACAUAAAGGAAGCCAACAGACAGCUCUCUGACAACACCUACUACAAAGAAGUACAAGAAGGUCCUACUCCCCUUUUCACCAAAAAACUCAACAAUACCAUCAAAUCAUUUCCAUCAAGACUACAAGAAAAACUACAGACCUUGAUCCCCCCGCUACCUAACCCAGGGAUUUUUUACAUGCUCCCUAAAAUCCACAAGCAAGGGAACCCUGGCAGACCGAUCAUAUCCAACCACGGGACUCUAACUGAGGAAAUAUCAGGUUUUGUUGAAUCCAUCCUAAAACCGCUUGUCACCUACAGAGCAAGUUUUGUACAAGACACUACAGACUUUCUACGGAAACUUAAAAACAUAGACCACCUUCCCAGCAACACACUCCUAGCCACCAUGGACAUUACCAGCCUAUAUACCCACAUCCCACACCAGGAUGACAUCCAAGCCUGCCUUACAUAUCUACAGGAACAAGAUUACAACUCAGAAUACAGACCCAAAGACAUCACUGAGCUUAUACACUUCAUCCUCACACACAACAAUUUCACUUUUAAUAAUCAACACUUCCUCCAGAUGAUGGGAACAGCUAUGGGCACUAAAAUGGCCCCACAGUAUGCCGACCUUUUUCUGAGCCACCUGGAAGACGACUUCCUCAAGAACUGCACCAUCAAACCCUUGCCGUACUUACGAUAUAUCGAUGACAUCUUCAUCAUUUGACUGAGAACCUGCAAUCUCUGAUUGAGUUCCACCAGAAAUUCAGCAGUCACCAUCCCUCCAUCCAACUUUUUUUGGAGUACUUCAGCACCAACAUCCCCUUUUUAGACACAAUGAUCAGUAUCCAGAAGGGUAAAAUACAGACCACAGUAUACAAGAAACCCACAGACCAACAUGUAUAUCUGCACAGAACCAGCAAUCACCCGAAACACACCAAAAAACCUGUGAUAUACAGCCAAGCCCUCAGAUACCACUGCAUCUGUACUGAAGAGCACACCCGGGAUCGCCACCUCACCAAUCUUAAAAAGGCUUUCACCCAGCAAGGACACUCCUCCAGAGAGGUAGAUUGCACGUUUGAAAGAGCCACCUGGAUACCAUGUGAAGAACUACUGCAGUACAGGAGAAAAACCCCCACAAAUCGCACACCGCUGGUUAUGACCUAUCACCCCUCCCUUGAACCUGUACGGAAAAUCCUCAAACAACUGCAACCCAUAUUAGACAGAGACCCGAUUCUUAAAAAGAUCUUCCCAGAGCCACCCAUCCUAGCCUUCAGACAAGCACCGAACCUCGCCAACCUCAUCACCAGAAGCAAACUUCCUCAAGCCCAGACACACCAAAAGGAUCCAGACCAUGCCAGGACAAGAAAUGCAAAACCUGCCCCCACAUCUCCACCACCCCCACUAUUACUACACCCCACAACACAGCCAUCAGCAUCCCUGCAUCUUACAGCUGCACCUCCAGAAAUGUGAUAUACCUCAUCCAAUGCACCAAAUGCCCCGAUGGAAAAUACAUAGGAGAGACCAAACAACAACUGCGCACCAGCAUGAACGCACACCGGACAUCCAUCAAAGACAGAAACACCCAAUUACUGGUGGGGGCACAUUUCUCACGGGAGGGCCACUCUCUCUCCAAUCUCUCAGUCCUGAUCCUCAAGGGAAACUUGCACAACACGUCCCAGAGAUGAGCCUACGAGCUCCAUUUCAUCAACCUCCUGGAUACCAGAGAUCAGGGACUAAACAUAGACAUUGGAUUUGUGACACAUUAUAAUCUGCCUGGCAACUGACUCCCCAGCCCAGCCCAGCCCAGCCCAGCCCCUGGCUUCUUCACUUGUCAUCCCAUCCAGGAAGAGCACACACCGACUGCUGAAACCUCCUUAGCCUGACAAAGGGUUUUUGAACCCGAAAGCUUGCUUAAUAACUAUUCUCCAACUAUUCGGGUUGGUCUAAUAAAAGAUAUCAAAUUCACCCAAGGAAACUUGUCUGCCUUUGGGCUUCACCCUGGCCCUAAUCUGCCAGCUGACAUGCAGUGGGGUUCAGCCCCACACCACUGGGCUGCAAUGCAUCAGCUCUGAAACAGCAGAAGAACACAUCUGUGAUGGGCCAGCAUCGGGGAUGAUGCUCAAGGGCAACCAGCACGGUUUCAUUAUGGGCAGGUCAUGUCAGACCAACCUGAUUGCCUUUUACAAUCAGGUCACAAAAGCAUUGGAUGCAGGUGUCGCCAUGGAUGUAGUCUUUCUGGACUUCAGCAAGGCCUUUGACACUGUCUCCCACCCCAUCCUCAUUAAAAAAUUAGGCGACUGUGGCAUUGAUGCCUACACAGUCAGGUGGAUUGCUAAUUGGCUGAAGGGUCGUACUCGGAGGGUGGUGGUGGACGGGUCAUAUUCGACCUAGGGGGAAGUGGGCAGCGGAGACCCCCAGGGGUCGGUCCUUGGGCCCGCGCUGUUCAAUUUUUUUAUCAGCAAUUUGGACGACGGGGUGAAAAGCAACCUGUUCAAAUUUGCUGAUGAUACCAAAAUUUGAGGUGGGGUGGGCACACUAGUAGGGAGGGAAAGACUGCAGAAAGACCUGGAUAGGUUGCAAGGGUGGGCUAACAGAAACAGGAUGCAUUUCAAUACGGACAAGUGCAGGGUGCUGCACGUGGGCAGUAGUAACCGGCAGCACACUUAUAAGAUGGGAAACUCCCUUGUUGAGAGCACGGCAAUAGAAAGGGAUCUUGGAGUCAUCACUGACUCCAGGAUGAACAUGGGCCGACAAUGCGAGGCCACGGUCGGCAGGGCUAACCGGACCCUAUCGUGCAUCCACAGGUGCAUCUCGAGUAGGGCCAAGGAGGUGAUCCUCCCCCUCUACGUGACACUGGUCAGGCCACAGCUGGAGUACUGUGUCCAGUUCUGGGCGCCGCACUUCAGGAGGGAUGUGGACAACAUUGAGAGGGUCCAGAGGAGGCCACCCGCAUGAUCCAGGGACAGCAGGGCAGGCCCUACAAUGGGCGGCUACGGGACCUGAACCUGUUCAGCCUUCACAAGAGAAGGCUGAGAGGGGACCUGGUGACCAUCUAUAAACUCACUAGGGGGGACCAGAAGGGUUUGGGGAGACCUUGUUUCCCCCAGCGCCCCCCGGGAUAACAAGGAAUAAUGGCCACCAGUUGUUGGAGAGUAGGUUCAGAUUAGACAUCCGUAAGAACUACUUCACAGUCAGGGCGGCUAGGAUCUGGAACCGACUUCCAAGGGAAGUGGUGCUGGCUCCUACCCUGGGGGGCUUUAAGAAGAGGCUCGAUGCCUACCUGGCUGGGGUCAUUUGAGCCCAGUUUUCCUCCUGCCCAGGCAGGGGGUCGGACCUGAAGAUCUACAAGGUCCCUUCCGACCCGACUUCUAUGAUUCUGUGAUUCUAUGACCCAUUCAUCACUGACAUUUAAAGGGUCAAAGGGAGGACAUGUAGCAUGAACUGAACUAAUGUAGGUGAUGUUAACAUAGAGUGUAAUAACAGUAAAACGUAACCAUGUUAGUCUUGUCCUGUAAGCAACUUCAAAUCUCCAUUUUGUAUUCUUCUGCUUGACAUAAGUAAACGAACUCUGCAUAGCCUUUAUGUAGGAGUGUGUGUAAAAGGGUGAAUGGUGAGAGAAUGGCAUAGAGACGGAAGAAGAAGAUUGAACUGUUUAUGGAAGCAACAAGGCGUCAAAUGUUAGUUAGUUUGUGGUUGAUAACUUACAAACAGCUGAAGAGUCCCUUUGAAGCUCGAGGGCACAAAGGAGGUAACAGAAGAAGAAAUUCUGCCAGACGGGCAGCAAGAGCACUCCGAGGCUGAGAUAAGCUGAAGACAAAAAAAGAACAACCGCAAAAACAGAAGCUGGGUAUGGAAAACCCCAAAGCACUGAAACAAAGGAUGCCAAUCCCUAUAAAAGAACACUUUGAAAAUGCCAAGCUGGGCGAGUCUCUUUCUCUAGUGCUGUUUCAUUGGAGCACAGAUGCAUCUGUUCACCCCGCUCCAGCUGUUAUCUUCAAAUCUGCUAUCUUCAAAUCAUCAUCAUCUACUCAGUAAGCCUGGGCUGGCCAGCCUGGGCCGAUAUUGAGCAACUAUUGCUGGUAACUAUAUCUGGUGCAUGUGUGGAUGAAAUGGUUGUUUUGUGUGUGUGUAUGCCUGUGUGUAAUGAUGUGUAUGGUGAUUUGUGUGUGUUUGUACGAAUGGUGUGCCCGAACCUCUGUGUGUAAGUCAUGUAAUCAAUAAACGCGGCACCUUGCCUUGUCUCCCUUUAUAAAGUGUUGUUCAUGAUUUGAGCAAUUGGCAAUUUGUGUAACACCAGUACUCCUCCAUGUCCAGCAUGAAGCAGAGCACCAAACCCAGCGCCGUACACACCAGCCCCAGCAGGAUCUGUGCUGCCUGCAACAGCAGGGGCGAGACUCUCCAACCAGGAUUCUGCAGGGCUGGUGCCAGCGGGAGCAUUGGCCCAGACGGUCCCCAUCCCCAGCCUGGGCUGCAGCAGCACCCAGCACCCCUGGGGGAGGCUUAAACCUCCUGAGAAGAAACAGGGGCUGGGGCACCCAGCAGAGCCCAGCAGCCGGGGAAAUCCCCACAGCAGAGCACCCAGAUCAUCACCGACCAGCCUCUCCUUGACCGCUCGGGUGACAGAGAGUCCCCCCAUCCCUUGGCAGCCCUGCAGGGAUUCGCAGGCUGCUCUCACAUCCCCUCUGCAGCACAUUUCCCACCAGCUGACCCUGCCUAGCUCCAAGCCCUUUCCUUGUCAUCCCUUUCCAGCCCUCUCCUGCUCGAAUCCAGCUGGGUCUGGUCUCAUCCCGGUACCAGCUCAGGGACAGGGGUCGGAGGCAGCGGGGCCGGAGCCCCACGUCACCAGUGGGGCCGAGCCGUGUGGACACAAGCUGCCUACCUGGGCUGGGACCCUGUUUCCUGCCCCAGCUCCUGUCGCCUUGCUGCCCCCCAGGGUCGCUGGGCCUGGCCAGGGAGCCCCUAGGAUGGCAGGGGAGACCCUGCACCCACCGGCAUGGAGACAGGGGCAGCCCAGGCCAGAGCACAGAUCCUGAGGCUGGAGCAGAGGAGACAUGGAGCAAACGCCACAGUGCCAGGAGCAGCUCUGGGGCGGGAGCUGGAAGCAGAUGGGGAUCGGCGGGGGGCAGCCGGCUCAGGGCUCGGGCCAGGCGGGGCCCAGGGCAGCCGCAGUGGGUGCACAGAGCUGGAGCUGUCCCUGGCACUGACCAGGCUCAGCUGCCCCGGCUCCACCCCAGAGCUAGCUGCAUCUCCCUGUGCAGGGAAAGGGCCGGGGCCAGGUGCUGGGCUGGCACAGCUCUGCCGAGGGGAUCUCCAGCCCCGCUCCCCCCGUGCUGCUGCUCAUGGACUUUGCCCCGUGGCCAGGCCUGGCCCAGCUGCCCGGAGGGGGGGCUGCACCACUUCCCCGUUGGUGACAAUGGACACCAGCUGGGAGCACUGGCCCCAGGGCGGCUCUGGCUAGGGCCUGGCUGCCCCUAACGAGCCCUGAUUGCCCCCAGGUGGGGCUGGCUACCUGCCCAGGCAGGGGAACGGAGCAGGGCGGCCUGGCUGGGAGCAUGGGAUGGGACGGUCUGCUCCUGUCCUGGGUCGUGCUGCAGGUACUGGGGGCAGGCCGGGGGUCGGACCUGAAGAUCUGCAAGGUCCCUUCCGACCCAACUUGUAUGAUUCUAUGAAAAGGGCGCAAGAUUAUGGCCGCAGCCUGGACAUCCCGUCCCAGCGACACCCCCGCCCAGUGAGACCCGGCAAUCCCCAGCACAGGGGCGGUGGGUGCCAGGACCCCGCUCCUGGGCAGCCUGCACUAGGGAGGAUGCACUCAUGGCAUCGCCCCGCUUGAGGCCUGCAUGGCCAAAACUGCCGGCAAGACGUGCAACGGGGCUCAGCGACACAGCUGUGCCGACCCCAAAAGAAGAUGCAACAGCAACUAAAACAUGCCUAGCUCUCGGCCCUGCCCAGAGUGCCCCAGCAAGACUGCCGGGCUCCAACCUUGGCUGGUUUGCUUCAGGGACUGAUCCCACCCCCCCGUGGCAUCAUCCCACUCCAAACCCAGAAGACAAAACGGGGAAGAAGAGGGACAGAGCAAGGGUCUCAAGCACUGAGAUGGACUUUCUCUCCCUGUAUCUGAGUCUUUCCUGUCACGUAGCUUCAGUUUGCUUUUCCAGUGAAGAAGGGGGGAAACCCGUCCCUCUAUGGGGAGCAAGUUUUUUGGCUCCCAAUUCAGCUUUCAGGCUUCAGCAGCCCCAGAAGAAAAAAAAAGAGACCGCCCCUGAACCUUAGAUAACUUUUCUGACAUUGCUACAGGGUCCCAAUCAGAAGCAGCAUCAUUUGAACACCGCUAAUGCAGACCAAUUAAUUUAAAGGUGGUUGGUGCUGGGGGUGAAGGGUCACCAAACUGGUUGCACAGGUUCCUUGGAGGGGAUUUUAAGACAAGGGUCUGGACACCAUGAGGGGGAGAGGGGCUGGUUCCCUUUCAGUCCCAGAGGAGGCAAAAUACACAGGACAAACAAGAUAACACGAGCCCAGAACACUUUAGUGCGCACAACCCCAAGUGUGCGUGUGUGUUACACUGAUAACGCCCCUCUCUGGGCCCUCUGACCCCUUGGCCUCUCUCGGCCCCACAGACCUCUCAGUCUCUCUGCGCAGCCCCUCCCUGAGCCGCCGGACCCGUCCCUCUCUCCUCCGGCCCCUCAGCCCCCUCGGUCUCGCACAACCACUCUCUGAGCUACCAGGCCCUCCAUCUCCCUCCCAACCCCUCUCUGGGCUACCAGCCUCUUUUGGUCCCUCGUUCUGGAUCCUCUUUGUUCUCCGCUUUCCUGGCAGCUCUCCAGGCCCUUGGACCCAUCCAGUCCUGCGCUCUGUUCCCCAGCCCCUUGCUGGGCCCUUGGACCCCUCUGGUCCCACUGCGCUUGCCAGGCCCCACUGUCCAGGCCCUUGGACCUGUCUGGUCCUGCGGUCUUUCCACAGCCACUUGCUAGGACCCUGCCCCUGGCUCCAUCUCCUGCCUCCAGCUCACUCUCGGACCCCUGUCCUCGAUCCCUCCUCCUCGGAUGGCCUGGCACCAGCCAUCCUCAUCGCAGGCUGCAUACCCCUUAGCCCCUUCCUUUCGGCUGUGGCCAUGCAAGGACCUUCAGCCUCUCCUAGGCCCUGGCUCGGCCUCAGGCCAGUCGAGACUCCAGGCACUCACGACUCUGGCCAUCUCUGCCGUGGCCCAUUUCACCCUUCGGCCCCGUUGAGAUGCCCAGGGUCAGCCCUCUCCUCUCGGACCCCUCCGUAGAUCUCUCCCUCGCUCUGAGCUCGGAGCCCUCCAUAGCUCUUCAUUCACAUGGCCCUCCCUUCUCGGGGCUCAUCUGGACCCUCAGUAGACCCCCGUACUCUGCCUCACUUGUGGGGUUCAUGCAGACCCCUCACUAGGUCUCCCAAACACUCAGCCCCUCUCCCGGGGCUCACGUAGCCCCUCACCAGCCCCUGUGCAUGCAGCCCCUCUCUCUGGGCUCAUCCGGCCUCUCAACAGGUCCCAGGUGCUCAGCCCCUUCUCAGGCCUGUGGACCCCACACCAGGUCCCCAGAAACCUCCUCCAUCCCCUUAGUUCCUACCCAAACCUCCAGAUGUUAUUCUCCUCGCUGGCCUGCUGGAGCGGGAGCCGUCCUGAUGGGUGAUGUUCCUUCACCUUCUCUACUUCUCUAUCAUUUUGGGGCUGUGGGGACCAGACGUGGGCACAGGAUUCAAGGUGUGGAUGCACCAUGAGUUGAUAAAGGGGCACUGGCAGGCUUUCAAUCUUGUUCACAGUUCCUUUCCUGUUUAGCCAGCAGUGUGCCCUUGUUGCCAAGAAGGCUAGCAGCAUCCUGGGCUGCACUGGAUGCAGGUCUAGGGAAGUGAUUCUUCCUCUCUACUUAGCACUGGGGCGGCCACAUCUGGAGCCCUCUGCCCCCCACUACAGAAAGGAUGUGGGCAAAUUGGAGAAAGUCUAGCAGAGGGCACAGAAAUGGUUGUGGGGCUGGGGGACAGGACUGGUGAGGAGAGGCUGAGGGAACUGGGCUGGUUUAGUCUUGAGAAGGGAAGACUGAGGGGGAUUGAAUAGCAGCCUUCACCGCCCUGCAAGGGGGUUGCAAAGAGGAUGGAGCUGGGCUGUUCUCAGUGGGGCAGGUGGCAGGACAAGGAGCAAUGGGCUCAAGCUGCAGCAAGGCAAGUAGAGGUUGGAUAUUUGGAAAAACUCUCUCGUGAGGAGGGUGGUGAAGCACUGGAGCAGGCUCCCCAGAGAGGCGGUGGGAUCUGCAUCCUUGGAGGUGUUUAACACCAGGCUCUUCAGAGCCUUGUCUGGGAUGAUGUCGUUGAGGCUGGUCCUGCUUGGAGCAGGGCUUGGACGAGACCUGGCUCCGCGGGGCCCUCCCAGCCCUCGUGUGCUUUGAUUCCCGUGUCGCUUGCCUUUCAGGCGGCUGCUGAGCUCCGGGCGGGUGCUUCCAGCGACUCCCCGGGGACUCCCAGAUCUUUCCUGUGCGGGGCAGCUCCACUUAUUUGUGCCCGGGGGCAUCACUCGACACUUGCCCGCACUGAAUUACACCUGCCAUUUCGUUGCCCGAUGGUGCCAGGUCCUUGUGGCCGCGCCCAGCUGUGCCGGUGGCAGAGGGCAGAUGUGGAGGGGAGACUGAGGCAGCUCCUCUCCGCUCCGGAGCUGCGAGGAUUUCGGUGCAACCCUCCGUGCCAGGGUGUGCUCCGCUCUUCUUCUGCCCGGGAAGCAGCCGGGGUCCGCCGCCCACCUUCCCGAUCCUGCGAGCAGCGUCCCGCGAGCCCCGGGCAGCGCAGGAGGGGACCCCCGGCCGGGCUGGCAGGGUGGAGGCUGGGGGCCCGGGACCCCCGGGGCAGGCUCGGAGCCGCCCGCCCCGCCCCGCCCCGCACGGCCCCGCCCCGCCCCGCCCCGCGCAGCCCAUUGUUCCCGUGGCGGAGCCCGCACGGCCGGGCACGGCGAUGGCUGCGGGCGGCGCGGCGCAGGGGCCAGUGACCUUCGAGGACGUGGCCGUGUACUUCUCUGCAGAGGAGUGGCAGGAGCUGGCGGGCUGGCAGCGGGAGCUGUACCGCGACGUGAUGAUGGACACCUACGAGCUGGUGGCCUCGCUGGGCCCCGCCGGCCUCAAGCCUGAGGUUGUCUCCAAGCUGGAGCGAGGCGAGGAGCCGCACCAGCCUGCACGGUCAAGGGAGAGCCCCCGCGCCCCGCUCCCAGCAGAGUCCAGCCCACACCUGCCCGCCUGCUGCCCGGCUGCGGCAGCCUCCAAGAGGAAGGAGCUGUCGCUGGCCGACCGGGUCAAGCUGCUGCAGGCAUUGGAGUCACCCUCGGCCUCCCUGUCCAGCGUGGCCAAGCUCUUUGGCAUCUCCAAGAGCCAGGCAGGCCGGAUCGGACGGAGCCGCGAGCAGAUCCUGGCCGACUGGCGCACCAACGCCAACCCCCUGCGCAAGCGCAAGCGUGAGGGCAAGGGCGGCCAGGUGGAGGAUGCCCUCUUCACCUGGUUCCAGCAGGCGCUGGCACGGGGGGAGCGCCUCUCGGGCCCUGUCCUGAAGGCCAAGGCGCAGGAGCUGGCUGUGCGCCUGGGCCGGGCCUUCGAGGCCACGGACGGCUGGCUGUGCCGCUGGAAGACCCGCCAUAACAUCGUCUUCAAGCGGCCCCACGGCGAGCGGCCGGACGCCGACGCGAGCUGCGCCCGCAGCUGGCUGAGCGAGGCGCUGCCCGCUCUGCUGGCCGGCUACCGUGCCGAGGACGUCUUUAACGCCGGCGAGACCGCUCUGCUGUACCGCGCCUCGCCGGAGCGCGACCCUGCAGCGCCGCUGGCCAAGCGUCCCCGUGACCGCGUCUCCAUCCUGCUCUGCGCCAACUGUGCCGGCACGGAGAAGCGGCGCCUGCUGGUGGUGGGCUGCAGCCGGCAGCCACGGGGGCUGCCCCAGGACCCAUGGGCCCUGCCGGUGGCUUACGCCCACUCGGCCAACGCCUGGGUGACUGCUCGUGUCUUCCAGGAGUGGGCACUGCAGUGGGACCGGGAGCUGCGCCGCGACCACCGGCGCGUGGUGCUUUUCCUGGGCCCCGGCAGCGCCCACCCCCGCGAGCUGCAGGAGCGGCUGCGUAACAUCCGUCUGGCCUUCUUCCCGCCCCGCACCGCCAGCCUCACCCAGCCCCUGCACCUGGGCAUCGUGCACAACCUCAAGGGCCACUACCGGGCCCUGGUGCUGGCCAAGGGGCUGCCGGGCGCAGCGGUGGCUGAGGCCGCGGGGCGCGUGACGCUGCUGGAUGCCCUGUACCUGCUGCACCAGGCCUGGAGCCGCGUGCGCCCUGCCAUGCUGCAGAGCUGCUUCAGCAAAGCCGGCUUCCACCUGGUGCCCUGCGUGCGGGACGCGCCGGAGCUGCCUCUGCUGGCCGAUGUACCGUGGCCGCCCGGCCUGAGCGAGCUGGACUUCCUGGCCUGGGUGGGGCUGGACGCAGAGGAGCCGGCCGCUGGGGAGAUGACUGGAGAGGAGUGUCUGCUGGCCGAGCAGGCCGAGGCGGCUGAGAGCCAGGGGGAUGAGGAGGAUGGGGACUCCUACUCAGACCCGGGCACCUGCAUCAGUGCCGCCGAGGCCCUGGCCGGGCUGUCGGUGGCCAUGAAGUGGUGCCAGCUGCGUGGGCUGGUCCACCACUGGGAGAGGCUGCUGGAGACGGAGAGCGCCAUGCAUGCAGCUGUCGUGGCCGAGUCUGGCCAGGGCAAGCCCCCGGCCUGCUCCGGUUUUGUCCCCGGUGCCGUGUUGUAGGCUCAGCUGUGGGUCAGAGGGAUGGGGCACCCUGCCUGCCCCUGCAUGGGCAUGCUGUCGCACCCUGCCCUGCUUUGGGCUGCCGUGAAGGAAGCAGGGGUGCAGCUGGUGUCCCACAGUAAAGAUGGGUCUCUCCCAUCCCUGCGCUUCCUCAUGCGGGCUCCUGCCUGGCUGUGACCCCAGUCAUAGGCUAGCUCUGCUCUUUGCAGGAUCCGGGGCCAGGGGGGCUUCCACGGUGCUUGCCCAGCUCCAAGGCUGGGGUACUGGGCAGGGCUGGAGGCUCAAAGCCGUGGGCAGUGGUGUCCCCUUGGACUGCCCUGGCUGGGCUCAGCAGGAGUGAGCCAGGGUGCCCCCAUCUGUCAGGGGCACCUAGCUGGCAAGCACCUGGGCAGGCGGCACAGUGCCCCGUCUGCAGCCACUGCCCAUCCCGCACCUGGGAUGGGAUGGAGGUGCCUGUGCCCUGCUGACCCCCGGGCUGGUCUGUGCCUUGGGAGCAUCGAGCCCCUGGCCUGCACUCUGUCACCUCCCCGAGCAGGGCUGACAACCACGGGUUGUUGGGAGCACCAGCCGCGGCGGCGUUCCCUGCACCCCGAGAGCUUUGGCAUCCCGGCUUGGCGGUGAAGGGCGGUCCCCACGUGAUCUGCCUCUUGCACUGACUUGUGUGCACACACAUUGGGGUGUAACCACACAGAAUAAAGCAGAACUGUCUGCACUUGCAUGUCUGCACGCACCGGGGCUUGGCUUGGCUCGGGUUUGUGUCUGGGACGAGGCGUGCCUACCUGGGGGUCUGUGCCGCAGCAGCUGAGCUGGAGGCAUGGUCCCGGGGCGUCUGCACCUGUGUGUCUCUGGGCUCAUAGAUUCAUAGAUGUUAGGGUCGGAAGGGACCUCGAUAGAUCAUCGAGUCCGACCCCUGCAAAGGCAGGAAAGAGUGCUGGGUCUAGAUGACCCCAGCUAGAUACUCAUCUAACCUCCUCUUGAAGACCCCCAGGGUAGGGGAGAGCACCACCUCCCUUGGGAGCCCGUUCCAGACCUUGGCCACUCGAACUGUGAAGAAGUUCUUCCUAAUGUCCAGUCUAAAUCUGCUCUCUGCUAGCUCGUGGCCAUUGUUUCUUGUAACCCCCGGGGGCGCCUUGGUGAAUAAAACCUCACCAAUUCCCUUCUGUGCCCCCGUGAUGAACUUAUAGGCAGCCACAAGGUCGCCUCUCAACCUUCUCUUGGGAGGCUGAAAAGGUCCAGGUGCCCUAGUCUCUCUUCGUAGGGCUUGGUCUGCAGGCCCUUGACCAUACGAGUGGCCCUUCUCUGGACCCUCUCCAGGUUAUCCGCAUCCCUCUUGAAGUGCGGCGCCCAGAAUUGCACGCAGUACUCCAACUGCGGUCUGACCAGCGCCCGAUAGAGGGGAAGUAUCACCUCCCUGGACCUAUUCGUCAUGCAUCUGCUGAUGCACGAUAAAGUGCCAUUGGCUUUUCUGAUGGCUUCGUCACACUGCCGGCUCAUGUUCAUCUUGGAGUCCACUAGGACUCCAAAAUCCCUUUCCACUUCCGUGCCACCAAGCAGGUCAUUCCCUAGGCUGUAGGUGUGCUGGACAUUUUUCCUCCCUAGGUGCAGCACUUUGCAUUUCUCCUUGUUGAACUGCAUCCUGUUGUUUUCUGCCCACUUGUCCAACCUGUCCAGGUCUGCCUGAAGCUGUUCCCUGCCCUCCGGCGUGUCCACUUCUCCCCAUAGCUUUGUGUCAUCUGCAAACUUGGACAGAGUACACUUCACUCCCUCGUCCAAGUCGCUGAUGAAGACAUUGAAGAGUAUCGGUCCCAGGACCGAGCCCUGCGGGACCCCACUGCCCACACCCUUCCAGGUCGAGACCGACCCAUCCACCACGACUCUCUGGGUGCGACCCUCCAGCCAAUUCGCCACCCACCGGACUGUGCAGUCAUCCAAGUCACAGCCUCUUAACUUGUUCACCAGUAUGGGGUGGGAUACCGUAUCGAAGGCCUUCCUGAAGUCUAAGUAUACGACAUCCACCCCUCCUCCUGCGUCCAGGUGUUUUGUAAUCUGGUUGUAAAAAGAGACUAGGAGCAGAGAGGAGUGGGGAGCCCAGGAACAUCCCAGCUGGAGCCCGUGGCCACAUGCUGGGGAUGCUGUGGCACCAGGCGCUGGCUUCUGCCACCCUGGCCCUGGUUGUGUGUGGGGGGCUCUGGUCUCCCUCCAGCCUGGCUGUCCAUCCAGCCCUCCUGCACGGUACCCUGGCUGCUGAUGCUCUUGUGUGCCUGUAGCCCCGGCCUCUGCCGGGCACUGUCCCCUGGGCCUCCAGAGGGGCAGACUGAAAGCCUGCUGCUCCGCAGCCCUAGCUAGGGGCUGUUCCCUCCUGAAGGCUGAGGUUUCUGCAUGGGGCUGGGGGUUUUGGAGGCUCUGGUGACUCUAGGCCCAUGUGGCUAAUUGCUGGUUAACGAGCACCACAUGCCCCCUGUGACCCCCGAGCUGAGCCAGGAUGUGGGCAAGGCUUUUCCUGCACACCCGUUCCCUUCCCGGGUGCUGCGUGUGGUCUCCCCGGGGUCCUGGUUCCCCCAAAUCCCCACACCCGCUGCACUGACUUGGCUGGGCCCCGUCUGGGUCCCACCCCACCAGCACCUCCGUGUGAUAGCGACCCUCUUCCCUCCGGACUGGGGGCUCUUUUACCGAAUUAAGUCUCUCUCUCUCUCCUAGCUAUUCCAGGCUGAAAAUAGGCAACCAGCUUGGUGCCCGGUUGGUCUAUGACUUGCACCAAAGCAGACCCUGCCCUGUACACACGAGGCUUAAAUGGCAAUUAAGUCAAAUUAACAGCAAUUGUUCAUUUGAAUAAUUCACAGGAACUGAAUGUGUGAUGUUGAGCUGGGUUGCCGGUAAGGCCCGGCUUUGGUGCAGCUCAGAGCGCCCCAGGGGAAUGGACCUGGGGUCUGUUUCUAGCCCUGCAGCCCGUCUCCUUGCCCCAGUUUUACCCUCCUCUUCCAUUUCCUUAAGGGUCUGGUCACUGCCUGACCAGGGCCCCUUGUUCUUGGUGCAUGGCUGAAGCUGGAUCUGCUGCUCUCCCUGCCCCGAGGAAGGGCAUCGGGGCCCCACAGCUGCACAGCUGCUCUGCUGCAAGGGGUCUUCAGACACAAGCAGCUUCUUGCAUGUCCUGGGACGAUCGCGGCGACAGCACCCUGGCCUGCGCUUCCUUGGUGCAGGGUCUAAUGCCGUGAACAGCCCCAGCCUCAGCCUCAGCCUCAGCUGGGUGGGGAGCCCAGCAAGGUGCUGGUGCUGGGAUGUGGGGGCAACGGCAAGCCCAAUUGCAGGGCCAGGCAGCGCCACCCUGCCCAGUGCAGCAGAGACUUCCUAGGCAGGAGCCAGCAGGGACAGGGUGCGAGAGGCAGUGGGGACAAGGGUGCAGGAGCCUGCAGGCUCCCCGGGUCUGCCUGACACCUGCUGCGUAUGAAAACUGAAAGCUUGGACAGUGUGUCUUGCACAAAAAUACAAGACAGUGGCUGGGGCAAGACUGGGUCGAGGUAACAAGACUGCCACAAGAAAAUCAAACUCCACUUAUGGCUUGCAACCCAUCGGGCAUAAGAGAGUGGAGUACUUGUGGUACCCGAUACCAGACCCAUGCUAUAAGAUAAUAACAGUCAUAAUAAUAGUCCUCAACCUGCUACCACACCUGAGAAGUGGUGGGUAAAAGUAUUGGCAGAGGCCUAACACACUCGUUGCAUAAAUGUAACAAGACACAGAGCACGCCAGAAAGAGAAACCUGUGACCUACACCUACAUCUCACCUGAGCUAAGUGUCCCCAAACAAAACAAAAGAACUAAACUAUCCAUGUCAAAGGGAAGCCUGUCAGACACAGGAAUAAGCCAAGGUGCACUGACAACAUGGCUGGAAAUAUAUCCUGGUGAACACGCCCCCCCAAAGCAAACAUCCAAUAUCUGUCUAAAGUUUCAUGCACAAGUCAGUCUACUAACUUCAUUUAACCCAAAAUGAACCUAACUCACCCUUACUGUCCCCAGUGGCCUUUGAGCGUCACCUCACACUUGCCAAAUAGGUGGUCAGUCUUUAAAUGCAUAUUGUGCUAAACCAGCGUGUAUUCAGAAGAGCACGCACCGACUGCUGAAACUUCCUUUGCCUGACGAAGGGUUUUUGAACCCAAAAGCUUGCUUAAAAAUUGUUUGCCAACUAUUUGAGUUGGUCUAAUAAAAGAUAUCAGAUUCACCCAAAGAACCUUGUCUGCCUAUGUCCUUAGACCAACACGGCUACAACCUACACCCCUGUAGUUUCCUGAACCGCACGCCUAUUCGAUCCAAUGGUCUCUGAUCUUCACCAUCUCCAUGAGCCAUUUGCAGCUAUUUAUUAGGCUCCAUUGUUAAAAUAACUACUGAAAAAUGGUACUCUGUGAUCAACUCCCUCAAGGGAUCUCAUUCAAUCCACACCCAUCCUAUUUGAUUCCAAACUGAUGAAAAGCUUGCACGCUUCACAAGCACACGACCAGGAUACAAUUGUAAUAUGCUCAUUCUGGCCCGGCCUGCUUCUUUUGGACCUCAAUUAACCAGCUCUCAAGGAGGAAGCUGUGAAGCUAUACAAUUAAAAGAGUAUAAAAAGCAAGACAGAACUGGCAGCAAGGUGUGUGCCCUCCAGGGAAAACCCGAGAAGCCAUCCUGCGCCACCCAGCCAAAAGUGCAGGCUCCGCGCUGCGCGGCUGUACAAGAACGGCUCCCUGCCUGCCUUGGGUAAAGAUCUCCGUGCAGCUAAGAUAAUACAAAGAUUAAUAAUAGCUCCUUUGAUGUGGGGAAAGAGUCUUUUUCUGCCAGCUAGUUUUGUAACUUGUUGGUAGCUAUUAAAGCAAGCCUUUCUGCUAGUCAUCAA